AUCUUUCAACAUAUGUCCUCAUCAUAUGGGACAGAAAUCAUAUGCUGAAAUGACAAGUGAAUGGCAGAGAAAAGGGUACAUUCCCUCAGUUUCUUCGUCAUCUGAAGGUUCCUCUGCGUCUACAAUUUCUUCAAGUUUGCCGAGUAGGACAUGUUUAUGGCUUCUUGCAAGAUCGGUACCAGAUGAGAAAGGAAAUCCUUACUUCCCGGAUGAGGGCACACAAAAGGUCAAAGAAAAUAUUGAUGAAUGGAAAAGGAAACAAGAUGAAGGGGAAUUUGUUCCCAAAAGUGCACGAGAUGAUGUCUUAUCUCGUGCACUUGGUAAGACUAAAGAAGGGAGACCACUAACAUUUGGUGGUGGAGUAGGCAUCAAAGCUGUGUGGGGGACCGGAGAGAGGCGUAGCUUUCGACGGUAUGGAGAUGCGGAGAUGGAGGAAAUGGAAGCAAGAGUGACCAAAAGGGUCAAAGAUGAGACAAUACAAGAGAUGAACUCCAAGAUGGAUGCCAUGGUUAUGGAGAAAUUUAUCACAUUUGCUAAAGAACUUGGUGUCCAAAUACCAAGCCAGAUGAGGAUAGACGCAAAUGUUCAUAGUAGUUGUCGUUCCGGGGGUUUAGAUCAAUUUUCCGACAUUACGGUAUGA